UUUGGAUUAUCCCUCAGAUUAAAAAAAGCAGCGAGCAAAGUCUGCUCCAAACCUGGGCCACCUUAUGAUACCGAAUCGAUGAGUAGAUAUCCCUCCAGAUCUCCUGGGGGUUCGUCCCGCGGAUUGCCCAGAGUCUGUGUGGUAGUAUAUAGUGCGUUUUGCCAGAGUCGCCCCGAUGCGCCCUCGGGCAUGCGGAUUGCAAUACGUGCGCUUCUAGUGCCAAUACCUGCGCUUCUAGUACGUGCGCUUCUAGUGCCCGGGUAGACGCCCAGGAGGACCUGCCCAAUUGCACAUCCAUCGUCACGUAGCUUUCACCAAGGAACAGCGGCGAAAACAAAAGGAAAACCACAAGAAUUCCAAAAAAGCCUCUCCAAGUUCCCGGUCAAUUCCGGGCAGUUGAUGGUACUAAGAGUUCUAGAUUGGCUCGCAUCACGUGCAUUCCCUUGGCGCUCGUGCAAGCCGGCAGAUCCAGAAAGACCACGCAAACCGCGCCUUUUAAUAGUCCACUGGGGCGGCGCUGCGGAAAGGCUCUUUUGUAUAUCGACUCGUGCGGCUGUUGGCAUGAUCUUUUCUGAAAGGCCAAGCGCGGGACGAACCGGGGGCCAUGUAUGCAGGCCCGCGAGGGCGAGUCAAUGGCCCGGUGGGCUUGGCACGUGGUCUCGAGCCAGGGAGACAGUAUAUCAAAAAGCAGGACAAACGGCGUGCGCGGCAGUUGGCAGAUCUGACAGCCAUUUGGCAUUGCCACGGGUAGCGUGGCGCUUCGCGGGGUGGGCCCGCAAGGUGCGGGUGCGUAGGCGAGGGCCAGGCUGUUUCCGAGGGCCAGGCUGUUUCCGAGGGCCAGGCUGUUUCAGAGGGCCAGGCUGUUUCAGAGGGCCGCGGCUGUUUCCGAGGGCCAGGCUGUUUCCGAGGGCCGCGGCUGAGACAUUCCUGAAACAAUGGCCGGCCGGGCGGCGCGAGCCCACGGGUCCCGUAUUUGCCUGGGGAUACCGGGCUGUCUCCAGCGUGUGCUUAUUCUUGCAGGUCGCCACACGCUGGCAGACCAGCAUCCCGAAGCCUAAUUCCUCGCGCCAUAUUUAAGGUUUGGCGAAGGGUGCUCUACUAUGGAGGCCCCAAAAAUAGCCACGGCUGGCGCGAGUUCCCCCCUGCCUGCCCCAGCUCAGCCGUCCAUCUAACCUCUUUUUCGCGUGCCAAAAUAACACGCUUCACCACCCGCAACUUUAACCCUCAUUUCCCAGAGCCCUUGGUUUUUUACCCUCACUUUCUUCUUGCCGCCUUAAAACAGACACCCGCGAGACACGCCCCCCGCCACAUCCCUCAACAGUGGGCGUCU